GGGCGGACGUUUAGUUCGGAGCAUGCGCCUGCUGGACCAAUCGGCGCACCGUUCUUUAAACCGCGAUGAGUUCUUUCUCGAGAAGCGAAGGCGUGUUACUGCGCGUACAGCGUACCCCGACCAAAUAUCCUUUUAGGCGAGAACUUUCAAACUUCCAAUCGAAGCGUCGCUUCUUACUUCGAUAACGUUGUAAUUCGACAGGAGCAAGGAUAAAACUCGGCCGAAUGUAUACUUAUGCUUUAUCAGAUUCCCAUCUUUAUGCUCGCGAUCGCGAUACCUACUGCGUUUACCUACUGCAAAGUCGCAUAUCGAACGAACGAUAAACGUUCGAUAAUAAAGAGGACUCCUCUCGAACGAAUUAUCUAUCGUUCUCGUUCGAGAAAAAUCGAGAACGUCCGUUCGACGAUCGGAUUUGUAAAAAGUCGACUGUACGAUGGAACGAUAUUACGAAUCUUUCGAGCAUUCCCCUCCAUUCCUGCGAAAUAACAAGAAGAAAUAGUGAAUAGUCGGCCGGAGGCGAGGGAGGCGGGGUGAAAGGGGAGAUCGGAGGCGCGAGACUUUUCUCCAACCUCCUAGGAGGAUGACCUUCCCUCGGGAAUGGAUGGUGGGGAUGUUGGGAGGUCCUUCUGGACCACGGACACGUGCCACCUGUCAUACAUUCGGAAGUACUCGCUUUCGGAAGACUGUAAAGAGAGAUUAGUCGGAGAUUAGAUCUUGAUCCGUUGACAAAAGACGUUCCACGUCGUACGAUAAAAAGUGAGGGAGAAUAAGUAGAGACUAGUAGAAUUAUACGGAUUGAUUCGAAUCCGAGCGACCAUGGCCCCAUAGAAACAAUUCGAAUCCGAUCGGUCGUGCAGUAAUCGAUCGUGAGCGAGCUUUUAGUAGGAUCGUAAACGUCGGCACAAUGCGAUACGUUUGUUAGAUAUCUAGAACCGAUGACUUUUGUCAAGAUGGAGUAUUGUCAGAGCCAGGAGAAGGCGUCGGACGGUGAUAUUUGCGAUCUACGACGAGCGAGAUCGCAUCAGAAUGCCAACGAUGUUUGUUCUAUCGAGGAGGAGGCGAGGUACGAUCGCCGAGGAAGCGAGGACAGCGAACGACGUGCAAAAUCACCGAGUAAUCAUCGAGAGACGAUGGAAUAUGCAUCCGAUUCGAGCAGUGAAAGCUACAGAGAAUAUCGAAGGCAACGUAUCGCGGAGAGAAGGAACGUGUCACCGGUCGCAACGUCGAGUGCAUUCACGAUCGACAAUAUUCUUGGAACGAGAAACGAGAAACGAGAAGAGGAAAGAGAUUUUUCCAAGGUUUGUUACGUCGACAAGGAAGACGAACAGGACGAAAAGGACGAGAAGAUCGUCGAGGGACAGUUUGUGAGGCCGACGGCUAUUCCCGCCGCUCAUCCGAACGUGAGUGGUAUGUUGUACGCGCACACGGCUAUUCCCUACGCCGAUGGGACUCUUUCGGAUCCUUCGAGUUACUCGACGACCUCGUUGGCCUCCGCAUCCCUCUUGUACAGCAGCUGGUUCGCACAAUCAAAACCUGGUCAGCUUUUUGGUCUUCAAGCGCCAAAACCGAAUGGCAGGCGUUCGAGAAAACCAGGAAUCGAUAGAAAACCGCGACAAGCAUAUAGCGCUAAACAAUUGGAAAGACUCGAAGCGGAGUUCAAGAUCGACAAGUAUCUCAGUGUGAGCAAACGAAUGGAACUUUCGAAAUCUCUGAAUCUGACGGAGGUUCAAAUCAAAACGUGGUUCCAAAAUCGACGUACCAAGUGGAAGAAGCAACUGACAUCCCGACUGAAGAUAGCGCAGAGACAAGGACUCUUUCCGCCGACUUAUUUUCCGCCAAACCAGUACCCUUUGUUACCCUACUAUGCCGCACCCUUGAUGUUCGGAAAUCCUUCGUUAGAUGAAGCUAGCAGCAACGUCACGACAACGAUACAGCCGCGUCCUGUGCUACCAUCACCCGAUACAGUCUGAACACUCGUCGACUCGUUCGAAAAUGUUUCGAUAUUUUCUUUCCUAUCUUCCUCUUUUUCUUUUCGUUGUUUGUUUUUUCCUUUUUUUUCUUCUUUCUUUUUCAAAUCGUUGCUCUUUAGUGUCACCGUCAUCGCAAAUUCUCUAUCGUUGUGAUCAAGAUCUAAUAGUUAAGAUAUUCAGUAAUUAGAUAACUCGAAGCACUCGAGACAGUGUUUCGACCUGUACAUAAAUCUUUAUGGUAAUAAACAUAUAUAUAUGUAUAUAUACGUUUAUGAUGGAAAUUUAUGGAAAUUUUGUCUUAUGGAUUACUGUAAUAUAAUAUUUUAUACACGUUUAAGAGUUCGUUUAAAUCUACCGAAGACGUUGGAUCGUCUCGAACAUAGUUCGAAGGUAGUUCGAUGUUUGCCGUUCUAAGCACAAAAGCUCAAAGGAUUAUUGCUUUCCUCGAGCGAUUUCAGCGAUGUCAAAUACCUCAUCCAGGAUUCUAUCGCAGCAUUCGAACUAAUUGAAACGCAGAGGCAUUGUUUAUUUGAUUAAAGUUUACUAACCGGCAUCAUAUUUUUCAGGUGACCCAAGGAGCAAAGCACGAUCGGAUUAAAACUUCUGCAAAGGAUUCAACGACAAGACAAUCUAACACGGUCUGCGAUAUUAAAAAUUGAGAUAGCUCCUAACGACAGAAAUAGAUGACGGGUCGAAGACGUGAAUUAACAAAGAUUCAUUUUCUUCGGGUUUCGAAGAAGAUACGACGACUUUGUGCGACG